CCGCCUUCCCAGCGCGCCCCCCCGGCCGGCAGGGAGUGCGCGGCGGCGCGCGUGCGCCGAGGGGCGGUGUGCAUGGCGGCGCCUGCGGGAGGCGAGGCCAGGUUAUCUUGUAAUGGAAAAAAUGGAGCUGCCCGUGACAUUGCUAUGGAAGGAUCUAAUGAUUUGUUCAUAGGCAACUGUAAUAGUACAGGAGAGUCAGAAACAAAUGAUCGGGGUGUUCAGGAAUUGCCGCUCAAAUUAAAGUACAUUUUACUGUUUUUCCUCUGUGAAAGCAUCUAACCUGCAUGGAUUCCAGGGAUCCGUUGUUCGGACAGAGUGACUCCCCUGCAGCUUUGCCCAUUGCAGUACGCGUCUCGGGCAGUUCUCCAUCAUCAGCUGCGCCUUCACGGCCACCCCAGCCACAGCCUCACUCUGCAGAGGAGUUCCAGCUGGUAGACCAAAGCGGGCAGCCUCUCUAUGAGCUGCAGCCCCUCAGAGGGCCCAGUGCGCAGAUGAUGAUUGUUGCUGGCCAGUCAGAAAAUGGACAGGUGCUGCAUGUCAUUCCUUCUGCCCAGCCAGGAAUGGCCCAAGUGAUUAUUCCGCAAGGUCAGCUGCUCGAUGUGACCAGCACACAGGAGAUCACUGGUCCUGAUGCAUCUUUUGUGAAACCAGGAAUGAAGUACCUAGAUGUUUCAGAAGAGAAGUGUGGGGAUGGGAACUUGCAGACUGUGGCGGUGGCUGCUAUAGCAGACAGUGCAAGCAGUUACGUUCUACAUCCACAGGCAUCUCUCACCGUAUCGAAAAAAACAGCCACCAGGGUAGUGGAAGAUCCCUUUCCCAUCCCUCUCCAGCCAUUGCCGCCAAAUACACCUGCAUGGGCGUGCCGGCUCAGGAGCUGUGAGAAAAUUGGGGACUCGUACCGCGGCUAUUGUGUGAGCGAGACAGAAUUAGAGAGUGUUCUAACGCUACACAAGCAGCAAACACAAAGUGUGUGGGGGACGCGCCAGUCUCCAAGCCCAGCCAAACCCGCCACACGGUUGAUGUGGAAAUCUCAGUAUGUCCCAUAUGAUGGGAUCCCCUUUGUCAAUGCAGGAAGCAGAGCCAUUGUAAUGGAGUGCCAAUACGGGCCAAGGAGGAAAGGGUUCCAGCCCAAAAAAGCUGGUGAGCAGGAAAACACCUCUGGCCCUCUGUACAAAGCUACUUGUCCAGCAAGGAUCUAUAUUAAAAAAGUUCAAAAGUUUCCGGAAUACAGAGUUCCUACUGACCCUAAAAUCGACAAGAAAAUCAUAAGAAUGGAGCAGGAGAAAGCAUUCAACUUGCUGAAGAAGAACUUGAUAGAUGCUGGUGGUGUCCUCAGGUGGUAUGUACAGUUACCCACUCAGCAAGCCCACCAAUAUCACGAAAUGGAAACUUCCUGCCUCGCUUCUUCACCGUCCCAUUUUUCUAUAUCUUCUCCUGAGGAGGAGGAGGAAGUUGUUCGAGAUGAGAGCUGUACUCUGCCUUCCCGACUUCAUCCUCAAGUGGCAGACAAGAUCCGAGAACUGGUAUCUCAGGGAAUAGAGCAGGUCUAUGCAGUGAGGAAGCAACUAAGAAAGUAUGUGGAAAGAGAAUUAUUCAAGCCUGAUGAAGUGCCAGAAAGACAUAACCUGUCCUUCUUCCCCACUGUGAAUGACAUCAAGAACCAUAUUCAUGAAGUGCAGAAAUCCCUGAGGAAUGGUGAAAUGGUGUAUAAUUCAGAAAGUAUCCCAGCAACGCUGCAGUGGACCACAGACAGUGGGAAUGUUCUCACAGAAACAGUGACCGUUACGUUUGCAUCGCCACCUUCAGAUGGGAGCUCAGCAGGGGAGUCAGUCACCACCAAAGCAGAAUCCAACCAGAGCGGGGAGUCCUUGCUACCAGAAACUGCGCAGCUGUUGUCUUCACUCUCUUCGCUUCAGCCCAAGAUAUUUGCACAACUUCAGGGAUUACAGCUGCAGUCAACUUUUACGUCCACAAAUGGAUCAACAGCACUGAUAGCUGUAAAUAACCAUUCCCCUCCCAGCCCUGCAAGUCUCCUGGAUUCCAUAGGGAGUGCAAUAACCAACCAUUCUCUAGUACUUAGUCAGGGACACAGUCUGCAAGCAGGUGCUGGCCUAACUCAACAUAGCGCUGCUACCUCUGCUUUUGGGACUCCGCCUGGCUCUGAUCAGAGUGUGGUCACCAUGGGCCAGCUGGUAGCAGUUGGAGGGGUAGAUGACUCCAGAAGCCUAGAAGGAGGAGUCCAUCAGAUUCUCCUGGGAGACGUACAGACUAUUCCGGUACGGAUUGUGGACAGCCAUCCAGCACUUACUGAAGAAAAUACAGAGGGUGUUAUCUGUGUGAGCCAAGUUAAACAAGAACCAAGAGAAAAAGCAUUGUCUAUGGAGCCAGAUAAAAUCAGAGAUUGCCAUAGUUCCUCACCUGUUUAAAUCUGUGAAGCCUGGAAGGAUUUUUCAAAUCGACGAACUCUAAAUGUCUUGGAAGGAAAGGCAGGUGCUCUCAAAGUAAUGCGAUUCUUCUUAAGUUGUAUUAUGACAUUCAGACUAGGCAUGUUUUAUACUAGUUCUGACAGACAGCUGUUUUGAUUUCUGACUGAUGUGGCUCACUGCCAAUUCCGGGUCAUUCAGUUGCCCUGUGGAACACCACCUCUCUCUACUGUUUCAGGCUUUGAAUAAUUUGGAUGCUAUCCAAAUGGCCCAUUUUGGUUGACAUUUCGGAAGGUCUUCCACAAUUUAAUUCCUUAGCUUUAGAAUGUGGAUCACAAUGCUGGGUUUGCUUGUCUCCUUGAGACCCUCGACUGUUACAGCACUACAGAGAUCAUAGAAUCUGCCAGCUCCAAGACCACAGAAUCCAACAGUAAAGCAUAUUAAUACAGCAAUGUUCUUGUGACAUAACGAAGGUCCAGGAUGCUAAAUUUCAAAGUGAUGAAGGACAUGGAUGUGUAAGAAAAUGCAACUCUGACCUGAUCAUAAUGUUAAAGGUGUGAAGAUCAAGGAGAGGAGAAAGGUGAGGUUCCCAGGUGAACUUAAGGUUGUCUGAUGAAGAAAAGUGUGAAUUAUAACGGUGAAUGUUUUCAACUUUGACAUCUUUAAACUUAUGUUCUGGCUUUAUUAUGGUGUUCAUUGCUGCAUGCAGCCUUUGCAGUGGUACUGUAUUAUCAGUUGCUCAUAACAACUAAAAGCAAGAGUUUUGUCUCAUCAAAAAUGGUUGAUGCUGCCAUUUCAGCUCAUCUACCUUUUGCUUUAUGCACUUACACUAUCAGCUCAGAUAAAUAUGAUUUAACAUGCUGCUGUUUGUGAUGUAGGCCUUAUGGAUACAUUACUAACAAAGAGAGGCCCAAGAAAACAAAGCAAGUAAUAUAAAUCCAAGCAAUACGUGCAAGUGUGCUGUCACUGUAACAUUCAGAAAACAAACUGAUCUCUCUAUGGUGGCAGCUUCAAGACUAAAGUGGUCCGUAUUCCUUAAAAUAAUUACCAGGAACCUCUAAAAAAAUGAAUAUGAUAGAAGAUAUGAAAAUCUUUUAGCAAUAUUUAAGCCAAAGCCAUAAUAAGUGACAAGCACUGAAUUGUAAUCUGUGACAGACAUGUUUCUUUAAGAAAAAAAAUACACCUACAAAUAACUUGGAAUCCCUUGAAAGCAGUAAAUGAAAUGAAACUGAUGCCGAUGUAGAUAGCAAGUUAAACAAUGUUGAUGCUGAAUUCUUAGAGCAACAUUCAGAGUAUUUUGUAUACAGCAAUAUCUGCAGUUCUGUUAUUAGUUGCUACUAAAUGUUUGAGAACUUGAUGAUAAAAUUAGAUAUUUUUUCUGCAUGCUGUACAAGAAUACAAUCUGAGGACUUUCUCUUUUUCAGACACUAAAAAAUAAAAGAAAACAAACAAAAAACCAAAUAACCCAAAAAACCAAAACCAUUAAGAAGAUUGGUUCAUUUAUGUAGAGGAGGAAGUGUUCGGAAUAUCCUGUGAACAUGAAGAUUAACGUUUAAAAUUGUUAAAUUUGUUAACAUACAUUCAAGGCAUUCACAAACAUCAUAUAAACAGCAGCCAUUUAAAAUUCAUUUUUAAUUUUCUCCCGAGUAUUUAAAGCUAAAACUCUCAAGUGUCUCAAAUUGAACUUGGGUUCCUAAUACCUUUAUAUGCAGCGUCUGUUAGGUAGGUGCGGUAUCUUAGUCUUACCUUAAAAUAUAUUAACUUCUGUGAGGUUAAUUAACACUGUUAAUGCUGUUCAUUUAAAGCUAAUGUUUAUGAAUUAGCUUAAAUUAGAAUUUUCCAACAGGGUCAUGCUCUUAUUAAGUAAGAGUCAAUAUUUUAUCAUGCCAAGUGCAUAGAGAAUCUUCAGUUCUUUGGAGUCUUUCAUAUUUAGUUUCUACACUGAGUUGUUUUGAGGUUUGCUGUACUCACUUCUGGGUAGGCAAAAAUCCCACAAGAUUCACCCUUCUGGGUUGUUUUUGUUGUUGUUGUUAAUUGUUAAAUGGAUGUUCUCUGCUGCAGUCAUAGUUCUGGAGCAUACAGGCAGCAGUCACUUUUUCUUUUCCAACUCAGUAACUACAUACCAGAAUGGGUACCUCCUUCUACUCUGCUGUAUUCAGUGAUUCCAUCACCUUUGGUUUUUCUUAGAGUUUAAACUCAUGCAUUCCGAAGUAUAUUGCCUUUCUCAAUAUUACUCAUUUUUGGAGAAUUGUUCUUAAUUUUUGAGAAUGCUUAUUCUCAAAAGAAUAAAUUACAGCUAAAGAUUACUAGCAAGAGGUUGUUUCAGCUUUAAUUUUCUUCAAAGCAGAUGACACAUUUGUGGUUGGAGUAAAAACAUAAGGAAAGAGAAGUUACAUUUCCAUUAGUUUUUGCUUAGUUCCCUCAUUAACAGAGCUGUUCUUUAACAGUCACUGUUCUCACCGUGAGCUAGUCUCAUCUUGUGCUGAACAAUAUUUCUGUUGGUACUUCUAUUUUUGGUUUACUGCUCACAGCUGGAGGAAAUACUCUUUUAGUCCAUCUUGAAUUGUAGGCUGUGAAAUGAAUUUUGUAAUCUGCCCUGAAAACAAUAGAACAAAAAGUUAGGAGAAAUUUAAAGAAGCAGUAAAUAAUUAGUUGUUUUUAAAAGCUGGGGAUGAGAGUUGCAAUUCUGUUCAUUGAAAAAUCUUAUUUGAAAUGCUUCUUCAGCCAAUACUCACAUUUUUUGUUUUCAGUUUCCUUCUUUUUCACAGAAUUUCAGCUCUUUGUCUUCCAAAUGCAUAUUCCAAUUUAUUACUGUGUUGUGUUUAAAUUUAGCAUAAUCUUUCCUCUUUAAAGAGUAUGUUUAUGUUUGUUUUGUAUAUGUUGCUAAUGGAGGAACACAAACUCAUCACCCAUAUCCAGUCUCUAUAUUCAGCUUAACACCUUAGUUCACUAAUUUCCACCUAAAUUUUACAGAAAAGGCUCUAUUAUGUAUAUGAAAAAAUCACAAGUAAACAAUACCACUUUCAAUGCACUUAAAUUUGUUUGCAUAGAAUACUCGAGGCUGAUUUUUCAAAGAAAGCUGUGUAGCUUGGUGCAAAGUAGUUGGUCAUUUGUGUUGGAAUUGUAGAUGUUUUUCUGAUGUUUACUUUGUUUUCUUGUGGUUGUUAUGUUCAAGCAUUUAUUUUGCAAACCUAGAAAUCCUGAGCUUCCACAGUACUGUAAAUGAACAAAUUAUUCUCCAAUUUAUCCUCAUUGUUGGUUACCCAUAACAGUGAUUGGUUGGCUUGACAAGAAGGGGCUGCGCUUAUGUAUGUGCAUGCAAAAAUAAUUUUUUGCUAAAAUGUAGAGAAGACAUAAAAGGGCACACGUCUAAAGCUCUCAUUCAAGGCCGGCAACCUCUUGGAUGGAGACCAGUAGUGGUAAAGAGUCCUCUUCACACAGUUCAAAAAUCCAGACUUGUUCAUGUGGUAUGAAGAUUGAUGCAGUUUGUACAAAAUUGAGACAAGUGUCUGUAUAUGUAUGUCUAUAUAUAUAUUUAUAUAGUAACUUAAUGUAUAAUAUUCCUAUUCAAAUGUAAACUACUUUUUCUUUUAAAGUAAUGGUCUAUGUUGUGGUUAUGGGGGCUCAUGGGGAGAAAUACAAGAGCUACUUGAGGGCAGUGGUUUCUGGGGAUGACGGAGAUCAAGUAGGACAGCUCCAGGGAGACCAUGUGGAAGAAGGUUCUGAAGAUGUGUGAAAGGCAAGGGUCCUGCAGGGAAGGCUGGAGGGAGCUGCACUGGGGGGCAGUCUGGGGCCCUGGAAUGGGAUUGGGAGCCCAUUGCAAAGGCUCAGUGCAGCUCCUGAAUCUAUGCCAGUAGUGGAUAGGGUGAGUUCAUGGUAGGAAUUUUAAGGUAUGGAAGAAAAGAAAAGUCUGUCCUGACCUCAAAACCAACAGAGCUGCUUGAGUUUUGGUGAAUACUAGAGGCAGCUAAAUGACUUCUGAGUCUGGUCUGAGACACCCAUUCUUAUCUUCUAAUAAGAAGAAACUCCUCUUGGACCUUCAACCCAGGAGCAUAGACUCCUUUCCUUUACGUAUUAACAAGGAAAAUAUACCUUUUCUUCCCAACUGAAUUAACUUGCUGCUCUCCUCAUCCCUCUGACUGCAGCUCUGUCUAUCUCAAGCAUGCUCAGUAUCCACCCAAGUCUCUCUUCCUUUGCACCUAUUAGGGCUUCCGCGCAAGUCCCAUGCCCUCAGGUCCUCCAGUUCUCAAUGUUUCACUGUUACACUGUUGAAGCAGCUGGUGAGUUCACUGCACAAGUAAAUGCUGGUGAGAUGUGCUCCUGUCAGUUUUUCUUACUGUUUCCCCAGGGUCCUAAGUCCAUAUGUUCCAUUUAAUUUCAUUAAGUUUUUUCCAUGCUUGCUUUGUGGCUUUUCAUCCUUACCUAGAUGAAUAUUAGGCAGCCAUGUUUCACAGUACAUUUGUUACAUUCACAGCAGCUGAAAAGAGUUGAGAAAACAAGGAGAAAAGGAUAAUUUCUGCCAGCUGUUAGGGCUUUAUAUUGAGCAAUUGGCCUCUUUCCUUUCAUACCCCUUGAGUUCCUGAUUCUGGCUGUGGAAAGUAGCUGGCUGUUGACUUGGCUGUCAGUUGGCAAACUUACAAUUUGUUCCCUUAAGCCUAUUCAAACAGAUCUGUUCUCAGAAAGUUAGGCAGGAAGAAUCUGUUCUAUCAGGGAAAGAAAGUGUGGUAUAGCUGAGGAUGAUGCUGUGACAAGUUACUAUUCUUCAUGGAUCUCUCAUGAGAAAAUCUUCUGUGAUCUGCCCUUCCCUUCUGAACAAAGCUUUUGUAGAAAUAAACUUCAGAGCCUAUCCCAUCAGUAAUGACUGUCUUCUCCCAGCAACAGUGCACCUCAUUAAUGAAUGAAAAAAGCAUUGUGUAAAACAGGCUGUGUUGAUUUUUUAGGUCAGAAGCUAUCCAGCAGGUCUGUCCAACAAGCAUCAACUAAGGUAUGAUCUGCGGGGAGGAGGAGGGGAAGGCAAACAUCUUGUCACAUGACAGGAGUGUAUAUGCAUUUGUUUGUGGGGGUUUUUUUCCGAUGUAAGCAGUUACACCUUCAUAUCUCACUCCAUUUCUAAUGCAUGCGACAAAUGACGUGUUUAUUUUCUGAAGUGAUUUGAUGUGUUUUCUGGAGAGUCUUCAAAGGAGUGAUCAUAAACAGUACCGGUGUAUUGUAGAAAGUAUUAGUGGGUGUUUGUCAUCUCGGGCCUCAUCCUACUCUGGUAUAGAAGGGAUUUUAAAAGCAUGGAAGGCUUUCUGAGGACAAAUACUGAGUGUCCUUGUCCUAGGGAGUCUUUCCUGAACAGAAAAUUAGGAGCAUUGGAUGCUGUGAGAGUAAUUCUCAUCAGUAAUCCGUUAGCCUGCACUAGAUAGAAGAAAACUUGCAAACAGCGCCCAUAUGAUAACCUCUUUAUGGAAGAACUGACCUUUGGAUGUGUAGUAGUUCUAAGUGGUAUAUGCGUAAGGGAUUGAUUGUAUUUUGAAACAAAAAAAAAAAGGGGGGGGAAAUGGGGACAUGAAUAUAGUUGUUUGCGUGUAGUUCUUUAAUACAGCUUUAGCAGGGGAGUUGGAAUAGAUGAUGUCUAGAGGUCCCUUCCAACUCUGAAAAAUUCUGUGAUUCUGUGAUUACACUUAACUGCGGUUAAAUGAUACGGAUAUUUUAGGGCACAUAUAAUCAGAUCUUUUGAUGUAGAUAAUUGGAAUUCAUGUUUUUACUACCAUCCUUAGGUCUCUGCAGUGCAGCUCAGUUGGUCAUUUGGCAUGUACUGGGCUUCUGCUAAUGACAGUCUGCUUGUUUAAACAAGAGCAUGCUGUUCUAAGCAAAUUAAAUUUCUCGCUCUUCCUGAUCUUUUUUCUAAUAGAGAUUGAUAAGGCUCAUAGGAGGAUGAAAAUCUGUUUGUAGUAUAGUGAUUUCAUAAGAGUUAGUUGCUGGGUCCUCACUACGAAGAAACUAGAGACCAAAAACUUACAUACUAUUGGAUCUGCCAUUUGGUCAUUUUUCUAAUGUACUUGGGUUUCUACAGUGUGACAGUAUCAAUGGAGCAUAAGCUACCACUAAAAUACUCUUAAAAUUUUAGCUUUACCUUUUGGUUAAAUGUUGAUAGUUCAGUGGGUUCAGGAAAGGUCAGAGACCUGCUCUUUGUAGAAUAGUCUUUGUCUCUAGAUACUAUUUAAAAUGUAAUUAGGUAUGGAAAUCAAAUGGCACAAGAGCCAGAAACAGAGCGGGGUGUGUGUUGGCAGACCAGUGGGAGAGGGAGGAGUUCAGUCCAAGUGUGCUUAUUCCAGACCAACGUUCUCUGUGCUAGUCCUGAAUGCACCCCUUGAGAAACAGUGAUGAUUUGUCUUUGUGUUCUGACAUAGCCGUUCUUCCUGCUUGCCCAUUCAAGAAGUUGUACAAGCCUGCAAACGGCAUGAAGAUCAUGAAGAGAGUGUGUAAGAUCUUAUGGGAGGACCUGCAGGAAUGGAACGCAGGAGAUUAAAGGUUGAUGACUCCUAUAAAGCCCACAUUCUUUGGUGGGAGAAAGAGGAUUUUUCAAUAGAGAACAAAAGUAAAUCUUCCCUUUCUGAAGUAUUAGAAUUACUGUGUCUCUGAUUUGCUUGACAGGAUGCCUAUUUGGACAGAUGUUAGUGUUUUUAUGAGUGUGUACCAACUUGUUAGUGAAUACUUAUCCAUGCAUUGCUGUCUUUGCAUGUCAUACUGAAACCGUAGGCCAGUGGAGCCUCCUGAUCUUUGUAUUGUCUGUGUAUGUUUUCUUAAAGUAAAUGAAAGCUUGUUUUAUAAAGAAAUAGUGGAGAACACUUGUUUGAAGUCCUUUCAGAUACAUGUUUUUACAGAGUAAGCUUUAACUUAAGGUCAACAAUGUUGUAUUUCUACAGAAAUUUCUUAUGAGGAAAUACUAGUGUAUACUUCUAACCCUGUGGUAACCUAAAAACAAUCAAAGCCUUUUCCAUUUUUUUUUUCUUUUUAUCCAGAACAGGAAGCAUACCAAACUGUCCUUCAAAACCAUCAUGUUCAGAUCCUCAAAGGUUUGGCACUUUUGUUCCUGUUUGUAGGUGAUCUUCCAUCUAUACUGCAAAGCACUGUGUUCAGGGUCUUCCACAAAAAAAGAACAGCAAUUACAGAACCAAACUCACGUGGGUGGGGCGGGGAACAGGGAUGAUAUCAGAAUCCUUACUUACCACCUCUCCCAUCACACAAGGGUACUUCCUUUUCAUUUUCAUAAUCUGAGCUGGUCACUUGACAGCAUGUAAAUAACAAUAUCUGAAAACCAUAGUUUGUUUAUAAACAUCUGUGUCACAUCAAGUCUGGAUGUGACAAAUUUUCUUUGUGCUUGGAAUUUGCAUUGGUUUAGUGAAAACAAUGGUGUCAUAAAUGGUCCAGUCUCAAGAACUGAUAGAACCUUCAGCUGUGAAUUUGGUCAUAGUCUGAGCUUUAAAUGAGCUAAGGAGAAAUUCUGAGGCCGUGCCCAUGUGGUCUGCAGUAUUUGUUGAGCAGAAGAAAAGCCUUCAGUUUCUUCCAGCUCCCAAGAGCUGCAUUUGUGUUUCUACCUGAUGCAGAGCUGCUUGUAUUUAUCUCCUCAAGGAUGGCUUUGUGGAAUUCUGCUCUCCAGCGUAAGGGAACAUAGAGGUCUCCCUGUAUGAAAACUUGAUGACCAGUGUACGUAGUCCAAGUGAGUUGGAAGCACCUAAACAGUCACCCUCAGGCAUGCUGGAAUUUAGGCUGUGUUAAGAAUGGGAGCUGGUAGAAGGAACAAGCAACGGUAGAAUGAAUGGUAAAAUUAGGCAUUCUUGCUCUUCAUUUAGUACCCUCCUCACAGAGUACCUUUUCUUAAACAUCUUGAGAAAAACACUGGUCAGCAGUGGGAGGAAAACAAAUCUCAAUUUCUCCUCCCCUUUCCCCCGGACUUACCAUCUAACAAUGGUUUUGAUAACUAGCCAGAAAUUUGGCCUAAAAAAAAGAAAAAAUCUAUCCUAGAUCUAAGUGUACAGUGUUUAAUUCCUAAAGGACUAUGCUAAAAAUUCAUUUGCGCUUUGUCAGGUCACUGUUCUUUUAGACAUAAAUUUAACUUUUUUUCAUAGAUGUUUCUCUUAAAGCUAAAAUUAAAUGGGAGAGGGAAUUGGAAACAAAUUAUUUGUUUCUUACAGAUGAUACUUCAGUUUUCUGAAGUGUGCAGGUGUUUCCUCUUUGGCUUCUACGUCUAGCUCUUAGUUCACUGUGUUUUCUCAGGAUCACUUAACCUCUGAGAGUACUCCAGAUAACCAGCAAGAAACCAGAAUGGAGAACAGAAGAGGAAGUGAAGUUUGUAAAGAGCUGCUUGCAGGAGACAGAAAGCUCUCACAGAGCUCAAGACUGCAGUUUCUUCUGACUGAAGUGGUUCCCUUUAAAUGUGCACCAGUUAUCUUCUGAAUGCAAACUGGUGUAACAACUCCAUGUUCUUCUUGGCUGUUGACAAAGCUGUUAUCACAUCUGAGGUGUUUUGUAUGUGAAAGGAGAUGAAGAAAGUGGGAUCCUUCUUGAGCUUCUUACUUCUACUGAGAACAGAUGUGGAAAGAGAGCUUUACCAGUUUUAAAUCAGUAUCUUCACAAUAAUUUGGUGGGUGCACAGGUUUUUCAUGUCAGAUUCUAGUGCAUGUCUAACUUUGAACAUAAUACAAGCCAUAAAAUUACUUCUCCCUGGCCUCUCAUAUUAUUUUUUUUGUCUCCUACCACUGUACUCAUACUCUGCGCUUUUUGGGAGUGGGGGGAUUGUUUUAACACAUUCUCAUCUACCACUUGUCUGCUUUUCUCCUGUUGCCUUUUUCUCCUAUCCAGAGCAGCACAGAAACAAAAAUGUCUCUUUUUGAAAAAACUGCUCUAUCAUCCUCAGUUUCCCAUGUUUGGGGAUGAAUUUCCUUUCUGCCAGCACAACUGCCAAGCCAUGCUGAUGAGAGCAGCAUCUUGCACUAUGUGUACCAGCAAAUUAUCAGCACAAAUAACUGUCCUUCUCCCCCUUACAUUGUUUUGAAUCCAGAUCAGUCUGUGGGUCUGGACCUUUGUGCACCCCACAAGUGACUCUUUCAGUACAACUUGAAGGGGAGCACAGGACCGGGUCAGGAAGUUCUUAAUCUCCAGCUUUUUGGUUAUGUUUCUGUACUGGGUGCAGGUGCCUAGUUACGCAGGACACGGCUGGUUGUGGCCAGCUCUGCAAUGGACCCACUGCAGGACACAGCUGAGCUCAUCAGUGAAGCUGGUGGCACCUCUGUGAAAAUGUAUUUAAGAGAGUGUAUUUAAGCAGAAUGAGGAAGAAAGUGAGAGAAUCAGGCCUCUGAACACCAAGGUCAGAGAAGGACAAUGAGAAAUUGCUUUGGGUGCUGGAGCUGGAGCAGGUAUUUCCCUGCAGUCCAUGGAGGACCCCAUGCCAGAGCAGAUGGAGAUUUCCUGAAGGAACUGCAGUCCACGGAGAGGAGCCAUGGAAGAGCAGGCUUAUGCUGAAGGACUGCAGCCUGCGGAGAGGACCUGUGGUGGAGCAGGGGAAAAGCAUGAGGAAGACGGAGCAACAGAAAGGAGCCGUUACAGACUGACUGCAACCCCCUCAUUCCUAUUUGCCCUGCACUAUUUUGGGUGGGGGGGAGGUAGAGGAGUUGGGGUGAAUGUAUGAAGUUGAGCCUGGGGAAAGAAGGAAGCAUGAGGAGAAGGUGCUGUUUUAAUUUGUAUUUGUUUCUUGCUAUUUUAAUCGGCAAUAAAUUAAAUUAAUUUUCCUCA